ACCCCGUUCCCGCCCCAGUCCGUGUCAAGUCCAUCUCCUUACAGCAGUAUAGUGGACCUGACUGACCAAUUUUCUGACCUCAACCUCUCUCAAGAUAGGAGACUUGGUAAACGGCCACCCACCUCCUACCUUUGCCAUCUGUGUUUCACUAAGGGACACUACAUCAAGGAUUGUCCUCAGGCAAGGCCCAAAGGUGAAGGUCUCACGCCCUACCAGGGUAAGAAGAGAUGUUUCGGAGAGUAUAAAUGCCCCAAAUGUAAGCGCAAGUGGAUGAGUGGCAACAGCUGGGCCAAUAUGGGGCAGGAGUGCAUCAAGUGUCAUAUACUGGUCUACCCUCAUAAACAGAGACCCUUGGAAAAGCCAGACGGCCUUGAUGUCUCAGACCAGAGCAAGGUCCACCCCCAACACCUGUGUGAGAAAUGCAAGAUGCUAGGCUACUACUGCAGACGUGUCAACUGAUUGCUUUGUUACACUCAGGCCUGACAUCAGCCAUUUGCUUGUUUGUUUUUUUUAUUCCUGGCACAAUCUGUGGGUGUUCCCAUAUUUUUAUCAUUUGUUUGUGAAUACUUUAUGAUUCCUUCUCAAUAUUCAGUUAAAGGCCAGCAAUGAAUAACAUAAUUGUUUCGUGAAAUAUUUCCAUGUUUUUACUUGAAAAAUGUUAAAUUAGAGCAAAGUCUAUCCAACUUUUCAGUUUUGGCUGUUUGUUUUGCUUUGUCAGCAAAUAUUUUUCACUUUUUAUAAAAUUGUGUUUAAUUAUGCAUUAUGAUGCCGGUAUUUAAUUACUGACCAAUUAUUGAUGAAUAAGAAAGAGAAUGUACUUCCACAGACAUUAAUAAACAUAAUUAAAUGAACAAGUCACAUAUUUUAACCAUUGAAACAAUGUAUUAAUUGCUUCAGUAACAUCUUGAAUUAAAUGAUAAAACAAGAUGGUAAAUUUAUAUAUGAAUUUGUAUCAGGAAUAGAAAGUUUAUUUUAAAAAUUGUUUACAUUUUAAAAUCAGUUGAAAUUUUUAGAUUUGUCAAAAGUUACAAUUUAGCAUACAUUUUUUGUGAGAACUCUUUCUUGUGGAAAACAAGUUUUUUAUUGUGUUUUGCAGAAGUGGAAGCCAAGCAUUCCUUUUCAUAUGCAAUUUUCAAUUUCACAUUCGAAACAUUAGAGACCAACGAUUAUUCCGUGAGCUUUUGUGUACUGGAGCUUACUGCAAAAUAUUUCUUUGUUUUCAAAUUAUCUUCCUAUUUUUAGUCUUCCCAAGAUUUCCCAUUCUUUUGUAUAUAUUUGAAAACAUCACAACCAAACAAGGCUGCUGGGAAUGUAUUGUACUGUGUAUAAAUUUGGAUCCAUCUCUGUGUAGGAAAUGAGAUAUUGACACAAUUUUUGUGUAGUACAAUGGAACAUACUAAUCUAUUUACCUAUAAAUACUGUCAAUAAAUUGUGUGUUACUGCUGACAAAGACAUGCAUCACAAACUGAAUUUUUAAAAAUCAUGUUGCCAUUUUUCGUUUGUUUUUUGUUGUCUAAACAUUUUAAUCAAAAUAAAAUGUUUGAUUUUGAGAGUAUUUUUAUGACAAUUACAAGAAUCAGCCUUUCUGAUUCUGUUGAAAAAGCCAAAAAUUAUUUGGCUUGUUUUUUUUUUAUUGUUCUGUUUUACAUAUUAAUUUUAUUGAUAAUUUUGAGCUGUUACUAAAAAAUGCCUUUUCUAUUUUCUAAACUGUUACAACAAGAUGCCUUUAUAAAAUAUUACAAAAAGAGACUACUUUUUUAAAAAACUGUUACAAAAGAAGACCUUACUUUUUUAAAAAAAACUUUACAAACGGCUGCUUUACUUUUUAAAAUUUACCCAAAAAAACCUGACGUUAAUAAAAACAUGGUGAUUUCUCAUCAAAGUGUAGAAGAGAUAUUUUGUCUUUUUUUUUUCUAGCAGAUAUGUAGGCCUGUAUAUUUUCCCCUCCCCAAUAGACUUCUUUACAAGACAUUGGUCAUAUAACCAAUUUUUUUUAAAACCUAUUCAAAUUGUGUUGAUUGGUUAGUCUAUCAAGAAAUGUAACAGAAUCAUCCAACCAAUGGGCUGUCUUAUAUAUUUGAUCUGUGUUACCUUUUCUAAAAAAAAGUGAUUGGGACAAUAUUUAUACCAAAAUUAAUUUUAUGAAUUACACUACUAUAUACUCUAAGUGCCUUCUGGGUGUAAUGCAUACAAUUUAUCCACUCUGAUGUGCCAAAAUAAGAUUUUUAAAAAUAAUUACAAAAUGUUGACAACUUGUUUUGUUCUAAACAGAUGAUUUGAGACAUUAUUUCCUAUGUUUAUGGUUUGUUGUAAGUUUGUGGUAUGGAAACCCCUUUUACAAGUGACUAAUUAACAAUUUAGCUAUUUUACUAUACUGGUACAGGUUUGUUUUAUGCAUUGAAGUGACAAGCUUGUUAUAUAGGAUGUUAUUGUUUUAAGAUGUUAAGUAACAUCAAUAGGAUAGAAAAUUGUCAUUUUUCUGUUUGUGGAAAUAUAUAUCCUAAAUCUAGUCAUUUUACAACUCACAUUUUAAUUUUAUUUUAUGGCAAUGAAUUAAUAUUCAAAAUUCUAAAAUUGUGAAAAAAUGAAUUGGAAACACUGUGCCAGUUACCUCCCCUCAGUAGCAUGCACAACAUGCCAGAGUUUUGCUCAUUUGAUUUGUAUAUUUUUGUUUUUCUUUGCAUAUCUAUGCUACACAUGUGUAUAUCUAUGAUGAUGUGUCUUAACAUUUUUAAUUUUAAACUAGUUUUAUUUAUUUUAUAAGAAGCAAACAGAAAAAAGUAAUAUUUUAAUUUAUUAAUAAUGUAAAACAUAAUACAGCAAACAGAUUCAAUCAUUUAACAUUUCUCAUUUUAAAGGUGUAUACAGUAAACAGAACUGAUAAAAACAAACUGAUAUGAAUGGUUACAUUAAGUUUCAAUAAAACUAAAUAUAAUUCAAAAUAUGCCUAUAAAUAACAUUAAGCUAUUCAACACUCAGGAAAUAACAUAAAGCUAUGCAAACACAUUUGUAUUAAACUAAUCAAAAACAUAUUUCACUAAAAAGAAAGAUCACUCUGAAAAGAUUAGAGUUACUAUCCCUGUAUAAACCUCAGUUGCUUUGAUCUUGUUUUAUUGCUUUCUGUGUAGAAAUCAUUCCAUUAAAUCUAAGCCAAAUAAAAAACCCAACUAAACUUAUUGUCUAUAAGAUGUGCUUAAAAAUGUAAACAUUCAUUUAUACCAAGAACUUGAACAACAAAUAAUUUUUAAGCAAGGCACUGUGGAAUAUUAGCAUAUUUUUAGCAAUAUUUUAAAAUAUUGUAAACAAGUCAUUAAAUUUGAGUUUUGAUUUAAAAAUGACUUUGAUCUAUCACACAUUUUAAUGUAAACAAAGCUUGAAAAAUGUUGACCUUUAAACAAACAUCAGCAUAUUUUUAAAAAGUUUGGAAAAAUCAAUGACAUGCUGCCCACUAGGAGAAUAGAAUGGAAGUUUU